UUUCAUAAUUUUUGUAAUUUUUUCGCACACUUACACCCACACCAAUGUAGACACCCAAGUUUUGCCUGUCAACAUUUUCGUGUACGCAAAUUCUGUUUAGAAUUAUUUGUUAUUUUUAUCCUUAAUUAGCUUUUAAUAAAAGAAUAAAAUUGAAUAAAAAAUCCGACUCACUGAGAAGACAAAAUUCAGAGUCAACCAAAGCAAGGACUCCAAAAAAACUGACCAAUCCAAAAUUAAAAUUAACCAAAGGAUACAAAGAAGGUGCAAAUAAUAGAGGCUGAGCUGAGUGAUGAAUGCCCGGCUUAUCCUGAAGCAGUUACCCAAUCACCUACUCUUCCGCAUCCUGCACUAUUCCCUGAUCUCCCAGCAAUUACGGGAGGACCUGGGCAUGGGCGUGGGGGCGGCAGAGCGGUUGAAUGGGGGACCGAAGGGAUUGAAAGGCAUGAAGGGGUCUGCGGCGAGGCCAAUGGAGUGGCAACCGUUUGCCCUGUGGCUGGCCAACUUGCUGCUGUCCUACGCGGGUGAUAUACUGGGCAACAUGCUCCUGGGCACCCUGCCCCUGGAGCCGCUCUGUAACGCUUCCGAUGUCCUGCUCAGCUCGGCGAUCUGGUACAUAAUCUUUUUCUGUCCCUUCGACCUGGGCCAUACGGUGGCCUCUACCAUGUCAUUUCGUCUUGUGGCCACCGCCAUGGCCACCAUUAGCCAGGUGCAGCUGAUCGAACGUGGCGUCCACAUGGCGGGAAAACUUUAUGGACAGGCCCCGAUCCCGAUGCUGAUAGUGGGCACUGUGAUGGGCAGUGGCGCCGAGCUGCUCAAGCCGGUGGCCUGCAUCCUGAUCAACCGAUGCCAACAUAGCCACCUGGCCUACAUCAAACUAACCAUGAACUCAAAGCUGGCCUUGGGACUCUCCUGCCUGUUUAUGUUGCAAAUCUACCACAGUCCCCUGAUCCUAGGGCUGUCCCGCCAUCAACUCCUGGUCUACACCCUGGUGUUGACCACGACCUUCAAGUUCUUAUCCAUGGCCUACAGCACGGAGCACUUCAUCUGGCUGCUGGAACACCGGAUGCAAUACACCUUUUUCGGCGGCCUCUCCGGGGACUUGAGCAAGUUCUUUGGUCGCGUGCCAAAGGGGAGUGUCCGGCCGACCUGGGCCUUCUCCGAAUUCGAUUGAAUCCGCCACGGAAUUGCAUAAUCGUGCGCCUCCUACGCACCCCCUUUCGCUGUUUAUUUAAUUUCAGGGGCGGCGGAGGAGGCGGCGACUGGUAAGCGGCUUAAGUUGCCGGGCCAGCAGAUGUCUCGCUUGAUCGGGUUACGUACUACAUGCUAAUCGGCUUAGAAGCGCCCGACAGUCAGCAGAUCGAGAGGGCAGGGAGCUGGCCAGAGUACUGGGUUACGGCCACGGGUUAGUGGCUUCAAGGCGUGUGCUCGCCCAGAUGUACUAAAAAAUUUUUGUUUGAAAAUAAAGCUUACAUUAAAACUUA